AUACAAAUAGAAUCGUUAAAUGGCAAAAGUAAUUGCACGAGGGAAUUCUGGAACAUGCGGUAAGGUUCAUCCACCGUAGCAUCAAUUCUCCAAAAGACACCAGCCUGUUUGGGUUGAACAGCACACAGGUGAAAUUGGCGGGCCGGUGUUGGCAAGGGACGCCAUCAAAUCUAAUUUAUACAAGGUAGCGUAAGACCCGUUGGCCUCUCUCAAUCUUUGGGUACGGUUUGGUGGAUUACAAAUCGUUCCGGUUGCCGAUGCAGGCAGCCGGUGGCCCCCGCCAGACACGAACAACGUUUAAAGGUUUACGCUUGGCCCAGAAACGCAGCAAGCAGCCGGAAGGAAGGCGGUCUGCGAGUAGCAAAAUGGCGUCAGAUGGAUGACUCCAUUAAUUAGCAGAUGCACGAGGAAAAGUAAUCAUUGUUUCAUGGGCCACGAUUAUCCAGGUUCUGUCUCCGGUUAGAUGACCCGGAGAUUUCUAAUCCCGCAGACUGAUGUCGUAGCAGUUUUGAGGCUUUCCGUGUUUGCAAACGACAUCUCGUCCAGCUCAGCUAUCGCUGCUUCGAGGAGGUUCAUAAUAAAUUCAAAUUUCUCUGGCUCGAUGCCGGGAAAGAAACAUGGAUCCCGUAAGCCGCGAACCGAAAUGCAUUCAAGGAUGCAAAUAAAGCGCGGAAGACGAGCGACACUUGGGCCGAGAAGCUGCUCUUUUCCUACGAGCAAGACGGCUUAUUUAAAAACUUGGAACAUAACACGAGAAUCGUCCAUGGGAAAUAGAAAAGUUACACGGUUCAGACGGCUAACGACUGUGAAUCAGCAGAGGGAUGGUGCGAGGGCGGAAGUGCAGUUGGAAACAGGAAGCCCCGGCUUUUAUGGCCGGUUGUAAACUAGAAGACGGUCUAAUUAGAAAAUUAACCGAGUUUCGACAACACCCACAAGAAGCAUUCCGCUUAUGCGUUGUUGAGGGAGUUUUCUGCAUAGAUUACGUUGAAAUGCGCACGCCGGAUGUAUUACCGUCUGGUUAGCUGCUUUGAAUACACCAGUGACUACGACUACAAAAAGACUGAACAUGUCUUUAUUCUCGAAAAAUAAAUAAUUGUUUGAAAAAUUUGCAGUCAC